UUUCCUGGUUUACAUCUAAUUCGAGCAGAUUAUCGAUCGCUUUCACCAGGUUUAUGGAAUCAGCUAAAUUUUAAGUGCAAAGAUGGAUGAGUUUGUGACGGGAAUUGAGUUGAAAAAGCCAGGAAACGGAGGACCAAAGGUUGACCAGGCCAAGAUCGAUGCUCUGGCCGCAGAUCUGGCAGCAGCAAUAACUGGUACAUAUAUGAAGAAAAUGGGAGGGGAAUCGCAACUUAAGAAGCCAGAGACUAAGAACUUAAGAAGCCUAUCUAUAGAGUCCUCGCUCUCGAAUCAAGAUCUCAUAAUUGGUGAAAACGUUAGGACUAAUAUUCCUAAAGAGAGUUUUAAUUCGGAAAAAAUAAGCUCCGAAAAAUCCUUGGCUUUGGAGCUGGAACCGCUAAAUGUUAAAUUUAGUGUCCUACCCAAGCAAAGUCCUAGCAAUGACACUUUGAACUGUAGGCAAACGCCAAAGGAGCCCAUUGACGAACAGCUGCUCCUCCUCCUGAAUGACCCCGAAUUGUGCUCCUUUAAGAUCUAUGUGGGCAAAUACAAGUUCCGCUGCCACCUGCAAGUCCUGCAGGCCUACUCCAAGUACUUCCAGAACUACGAGGAUGCGGGCACCCUGUGUGCCCACCUGCCCACCGACAUGGUGACCCCGACGGCCUUCCACGUCAUCUACAACUGGAUGCUGGACAUCACCAAGCGACCCAAGGGCGGCUGCUCCCUGGUGGAAAUCUACAGUGCAGCCACGUUCAUGAAGAUCGAUGAGCUGCUGGAGUUCGCCUUCGGUUGCUUCAAUGAGAGCUCUGUGUCCGGGAGCCUGGCUUUUGGCUUGUUCCUGGAGGCCCAGAGGUUCGAGAUCCGCAUGUUCCAGUUCCUGAUGCUGUCCCGCGUCGAGGAGUUCUUCCUGCCCCUGGUGGCCUCCAAGGAGUUUGUGCAACUGGACUUUUACUGGGUCCGCGAACUCCUCAGCAUUCACAGUGUGGGCGUAAACAGUGAGAUAGAGAUCUUUAUGAGUGCCGUUCGCUGGCUGAGUUAUGACUGGUCCAAUAGGAAGACGCACAUGGAGAAGCUGAUGGGCUCUGUGCGUUUCUGCCUGCUUCCUGCGCUCUUUCUGCGAUUUCUGCAGGCAGAACACAAGACUUUGGUGCUGAACAGCAUUUGCCAGAGUCCCAAAGUCAGGGAAAAAGUCAACAAGGCCUUCGUGUACACCUCCUCCGAACUCUGCGAAAUGACGCAACGCAUCUUCAGCCUGGUCAAGGAGUUCGAUCCCCCCGAGCAGCGCAAGUGGAUCUUCAACAAGCGGUGCCCCUACCAUCGCAAGCCAGGCGGCAACCAGGGGCAGUUCUUCACCUACCAGCAGUUCCUCAACUACCUCGAGUCGCUCCACGAAUCGCUGCCCGAUCAUCCUAGGUCAUCGGGGUCUUAGCCAAAUCCAAAGGCCCCCUUAAAUCCCAAAAACGCAAUGUGAAAGCCAGAAGGAAGUGUGCCGCAAUGUUUGGCCAGUCGCCAAAGACUUUUGUUUGCCAUGCGAUUAUAAUGCCUGCUUUUGGCUUCGCUUUUUUGCCAACAGAGUCAACUGAGAUUUGGCAACCAGAAAGACAACAGCCAGCUUAGCGGGUUUACUUAACAAUGGCAAACGGAUUUAAGCUGGCGGAUUAAAGUGGAGUGUCUUUGUAACUAAUUAGGUAAUAGUCGCGGGUUCGGAGUUUGCAGU